CACUGACCGAGUUGUUUGAUUUCGACUUCUCAGAUCGUGGGGAACCUCUUGUAUUACCGCUACAUGAACCCGGCCAUCGUGGCACCCGACGCCUUUGACAUCAUCGAGGUGUCAGCGGGCGGCCAGCUGACCACCGAGCAGAGACGCAACUUGGGCUCUGUCGCCAAGAUGCUGCAGCACGCCGCCUCCAAUAAGAUGUUCCUGGGGGACAACGCCCACCUCAAUCCCAUCAACGAGUAUCUCAGCGCCUCGUACCUGAAGUUCAGGCGUUUCUUCUUGGCAGCGUGUGACGUUCCCUCGCUGGAAGACAAGUUCAACGUGGAUCAGUACUCCGACCUAGUCACCGUCACUAAACCUGUCAUCUACAUCUCCAUCGGCGAGAUUAUCAACACUCACACACUGCUGCUGGACCAUCAGGACGCCAUCGCUCCAGAGCACAACGACCCGAUCCACGAGCUGCUGGAGGACCUGGGCGAGGUUCCCACGGUCGAGUCGCUCAUCGGUGAAAAUCCUCUUCCUCCUAACGACCCCGGCAAAGAGCUGAUGGGGAAGACGGAGGUGUCGCUCACACUCGCCAACAAAUUUGACGUCCCCGGUGAGGCCAACACCGAGAUGGACGCCAAGACUCUGCUGCUCAACACCAAGAGGCUCAUUGUGGAUGUGAUCCGGUUCCAGCCUGGAGAGACUCUCACUGAGAUCCUGGAUUCGGCAGCGAGUCCAGAACAGGAAGUGGAGUACCAGCGAGCCAUGCAGCGGAGGGCCAUCCGAGACGCCAAGACUCCAGAGAAGAUGAAGCAGGUCCAACCGGUUGUGGACGACAGCCUGACGCUGCUGGGGAAGAAAGAGAAGAUCAGAAGCAACCUGCAGCGUCUGGCCGAGCUGGGGAAGGUUCACCCCGAGAACCGCUACCAGGACCUCAUCAAUGACAUCGCCAAGGACAUCAGAAAUCAGAGACGGUAUCGUCAGCGCAGAAAAGCCGAGCUGGUGAGACUUCAGCAGACAAACACGGCCCUGAAUUCAAAGUCUGCGUUUUACAACGUGCAGAUUGAUUCCUACAAUCAGUACAUCAAGACGUGUAUGGACAACCUGGCCAGCAAGGGCAAGUUGUCAAAGAAACCAGGCGACAACAAAACCAAGAAGAGUAAACAGGUUUCACAGAAGUACACGGCCGCUCGUCUCCAUGAGAAGGGCGUGCUGAUCGCCAUCGAGGAUCUGCAGCCCAACCAGUUCAAGAAUGUUAUCUUUGAGAUUUCGCCCUCGCAGUCGGUCGGGGUGUUUGACGUGAAGGCCAAGCUCAUGGGUGUUCACUUGGAGACGUUACAGUUAGAAUAUCAGGAUCUGCUCCAGCUGCAGUACGAGGGCGUGGCGGUGAUGAAGCUCUUCGAUCGCGCCACCAUCAACGUCAACCUGCUCAUUUUCCUGCUCAACAAGAAAUUUUAUGGGAAAUAGAGAAAGGGAGAAAAAGGCAACAGACACUGAUUGAAACCACAAAGCCCACGAGGGUCGCUGAGCUCCACCUUCCUGCUUCAUACACAUUCCCUCCUGCACUUGUCUUAUGUGCUAAUUUAUGUGCAUUGUUUUUAUGACGUGUUUGUGCUUUAACUGGAGCGAGCAAACAGAAGCUUUCUAGAGUUCCUCUUUAGCGUCUGUAACUGCAGCUCAGACACAGGUCUAAGAUUUGUAUUAUUUUUGCUUGAAAUGUCUUGAAUGUGUCGUGCAUGGGCUUUGAAUAAUUAUAAAAAUGUAUGUUUUAUGUGAGGAGAUCACGUUUUAUGUCUCUCUUAGUUGAUAGUCGAUCUGCUCACCUCCUGAUAAACGUAUAUUUUCUUCCUGACCUGGUCUUAAGCUCUGUCUCAUUGUGUUUGAGUUUUUGUUUGAGACUAAUUGGAACGAGAAACUGACCAAGAGGAAAAAAACCCUUUUUGAUUUUCUUUCCCUCACUUGAUUUGGAUUGGACGUCCCUCAGCUGUUAAAUGAAACGAAUUGCCGUGCUCAUAUUGAGCUGAUCAUCAUUAAGCCUGAUGACUUUUUUAAUUUGAAUUGAAGAAUUAGAAUUGAAUUAUUGGAAGAGAAUAACUUCAUGUUCCACGUCAAGGCUGUGAUGUUGGUUUGUGUUGGACUGACCCUGAUGAUCAGCAGUGUGUGUGUGUCUGUUUCAUUCAGCAGCAGAGGAAACGAGCAGCACAGUCACUCAUGAUUCACUGGAAUUCUAUUUGUUCACGGUUUAACUUGUUAUUAUAAAAUCAGUUUAGUAAAAAUACUACACAACAAAGUUUCCUUCAUAUUUGAUAUGUUGUCAUUACUCUGAUCUGGAGGACGUGUAGAUCUCACUGAUGUUGUUUUGUGAUAUUUCUACUGUGAUGGAGGUCGAUGGCCGAGCUCCCUCCACAUCACUUCCUCUCAUUCAGUCCUAAGUGUAUUUGACCUGUUGUAGAAUAAAGUGCUGAAGACGUAAA